CUUCAAUCAAUCUUUAUUUGCCGCCAAAUUGUGACAUGUUUGUUGAUCGUUAUCUCAAUCGCGUUUUUGCGCGUUCGUUUCGUUUUGAAUGGGUAGACUACAAAUCAAGACUUGAAGUUGUCGGGGGUUUACCUUGACCACGUAGCUUAGCAGAAAAAAAACGCGUUUCCAAAAUGGCGGAUGGUGAUUCAGAACCAGAUGAUGAACAUUUUGAAAUAAUUGAUUUAACCAGGGAAAGAAGAAAUGAAAUUAUUGAAAAGGUCUUAGGAGAUGUGACAACAAAGGGUGCCAUGACACAGUUAGCAAUUGGAGGUAGCACUGGAUGGUUUGUUGGUUAUGUAUUUCAAAAGGUCGGUAGGGCAGCAGCAACUGCCGUUGGAGGAGGUCUAAUUAUAAUGCGUGUUGCUCACUAUGGAGGGUAUAUAAAAAUUGAUUGGAGGAAAGUAGAGAAAGAUGUUGAUAAAGCCCAGCGAAAGUUGACAAAGAACGCCAGGAAAUUACAAAACGAGUAUCCCGAGAUGAAUGGAUACCUGCUGAAGUUGAAGCAACUCUGUCAACAAAAUGUGAUGUUAACAAGCGGUUUUAUUGGUGGUUUUUUAUUGGGUAUGGCAUUUUAAUAUGCAAUCAUGGUGGCAAAAGCAGCUCUUCAGAAAAAAUGAAAAACAUUUUUAUUUAUUACACAUAGAUUCAGACAGUUUUCUUUUAAUUAUCACUUCCUUGCUUACAAGACAUUCACAGUCGUCAGUCGUUCAGCUCUCGAUAUAAUCCUAGCAGGAUCAGCAAAGAUGUUUGAGAAACACCAAAUCAAUAAGCAGAUUGAGAAUAUCCAUAACCAACCUAAUGAUGAUUUGUUGUUAAAUUAUGAUAAUAAUAAUGAUGAUGAUAUCUCCU